CCGUGAAAAUUGUCAGUGACGUUUCUUUCACCUUUUGAUUUUUGGCAAAAUAACAGUUUUUACCACUUUUCUAACUUGUUGUAUGAAAAGUAAGUAUUGUUUCUUAUUGUUUACAACCGGGACGUGCCACUUGACCUUGCUGUUGUCGUUAUGUAAAUGAUAAGGUUAUUGGGGAAAUGUCGUUUGAUUUUGAAAUCUUGUUGUUAUUUACAUAAAAAAAACGUUUCUUCUUGAAGGGUCCUCUGUUUGGGUAAUCACAUGAAUUAGGCAGGAUUGUUUAUAGACUUCACACUUUCGUUAAAAUAAUGCCGAGACGUGCUAACAACAGUUCUUCGGAGAAUGAUCCCCCCAAAAAGAAGACUUGCAGCAACUCCUUUGAUUUAAGACAUGGGGAGUACCUAAAAGACAUCACAGGGAAGCAGUGGAAAUUGGGGAAACCUGUGGGUGUUGGGGGCUUUGGGGAGAUCUACCUGGCCUCUGAUGUCCUCACCAAAGAGGUCAAGACUGAUUGUCAGUACGUGGCUAAGGUGGAAAGCCAUAAAAACGGGCCGCUUUUUGUCGAAGUCAAUUGUUACCUAAGGAUUGCUAAACGCGAAAUGAUUGAAGAGUGGAAGCGAGCAAAGAAUAUAAGUUCCCUCGGAAUGCCCCACUAUGUGGCGUCAGGUUCCCACGUCCACAAGGGUGAAAAGUAUCGUUUCUUAAUCCUCCCGAAAUUUGACAGAGACUUGGAAAAAGUCCUCCAAGAGAAGAAAAUCCUAAACCUUAAAACAGUGCUCACAAUAUCCCUCCAAAUAAUUGAUGUUUUGGAAUACAUCCAUAGUAAAGGCUACAUGCACUCCGAUAUCAAGGCAUCUAAUAUUCUUCUAAGUAACCAAAAUAAGCCCAAACCAACCGUCUGUAAACGAGUGUCAAGCGGCUGCACACGAGUAUCAAGCGGCUACACUUUCACCAGCCGUCUCCGUGCAUGUCGCAAAAAACCAACCAGAAUCACUAGAAACUUAAGGCCGAACGCUAAAGUCGCCUUUUAUCUCGACGACAUACCAAAUUUUAAUCAAAUCUUCACUAAUUUGUAUGAAAAACCAACAACAACACAGGACCAGAUUUAUCUCCUUGAUUACGGUCUGGCGUCCAAAUUUCUAACAUCAAAUGGCGAACAUAAACCGUUUUGCGUUGACGAACGUAAAGCUCACGCUGGGACUGUUUUAUUUUGUUCGCGUGAUGCUCACAAGGGGGUGCAUUCGCGACGCUCAGAUUUGGAGUCUUUGGGGUACAAUAUUAUUUAUUGGCUGACUGGGACUCUGCCAUGGGCUGGUGAUGCAGACAACCCGGAAAUCGUAGCCAAAAAAAAGCAAAGAGCUAUGGCUGAUGUGGAGUAUUUCAUGAAUUACUGUUUCAGUGAAUAUCCUAAGUUUUUGGAAGAAUAUUUUAAGUAUAUUCAGAAACUGGAAUUUCAGGAAAAGCCUGACUACAGCUACUGUAAGAAGCUCUUUAGGGAAAGUCUGAAAACGAACGGUUACAAAGACGAUUCGCGCUUUGAUUUUGACAAUGUGCAAAGAAACAAAUUACUGAAGCCGACUAGAAUCAGGAAGAGAACUAAGGAAAAUAUCAGGGCACGGAAAUAUAUCCACACAAUAUCACGUCUACCUCUACAAUCAAACAUCCCCAUUAAACCACUUCUGAGAAAGAAGGUAAAAAAUAAGAAAGUAAAACCUAAGGCAAAUUGGUUUGGGGAGCUCACUGACCCUGAAAUAAUACUGAAACAAGCUCGUAAAAAUAGCGAAAAUACUGACGCAAACUUAGCUAGUAACGUUGCGGAAUUAGAUAUAAAUGCCUUGAACCCAACGUACGCUAUGAUUGAAGUUUAUAAUAAAUGUAGGGAGAGGAUAGACGCAUCACCCACUUACAAGAGUGACAGUUGUAUAGAAACCGUGGAUGGUUACACAUCUGCGAUGAUGUCUGUGUUAGAGAAAAUGAAAAAGAGGAGAGAGCUUGAGUUGGAAGAAAUGGCUGUGAAUCUCAGUAAUACAAGGAGUGGCAGAGUUCAGAAAAGAAUUCGUAAACCCAAUAGGAAAUAUGAAUCUCCAGACUGGUCGCCUCCUCAGACACGAACCUCGAAACCAGUGAUGAAGAAGGAUCAAGCACGUAAGGUAAAAAGUGGAGUUUUGAGGAGGACUUACAGUUUAAGAGGUUAAGUUUAACUACUCGUUUUUACGUUCGUGUAUUAACUAUUAAGACUGCAAAAUUUGUGACUAGAAUACUGAGUUGUUUGUUUCAAAAAAUGUGCAGUAGAUUUGAUUGUAAAUGAAUAGUUUGUUGAUUGUAAUAAAUAAACAGUUGGCGCUCCAAUUAAUUAUCAACUGAAAUUAUUUCUUUAAUUGUGCUCCAUAUAAGUACAUUAGUAUGAUUCGCUUGUACCGCGCCAAUUGUUUCUUAAGUCUGAAGUUAUAGUUAAUUCGGCAGUUGUGUUUGUUCUUGAUUUAUAUUAUCGUUUUAAUUCAUCUCAGCGCAAAAUAGUGUAAAAUUCUUGUGGUAAAUUUACUGUGAUUUUGACUUAUUGUGAAAUAAAACAAUGAAAUGUG